UCCAUCUCUCGCCCCCUCACUCAGUCUCAGUAUUAAUAGGCUGGAUCCUGCCUGAACCAGAGGACAUGCGCGUUGCAGGAGGAAAAGAGGUGUUGCACGGUGUCCCAGCUAAAAAGAUGUUUAGUAUUGACUCCAUCAUCACUUAAUCAUGGGCAAAACUCAUUUUCUGGUCGCUUAUUUUUUUUUAGAACAACGCGAGGAGUCGUUUUCUUUCUCAGCUUAGACUGAUUAAUUAUUGACCACUUGCUGCAUUUGGAGCUUUCGCUUUCCCAUAGAUAAAGAGCGUUAACACUGAAUUUUCUAAAAUUUGCUUGCCCCGCCGCCACCCUGAAGUUUAUCGUUGUCAUCUUGGCCGUCGGGAUGGUGGCCUUCAUCGGAGCGGUUAUCUGCAUCAUCGCGGCAGUCCACACCGGAUCCUCCAAGGCUGCUGCGGCUCAGCGGCAGCCCGUGGCCGAUAACCAUUCCCUGUAUCCGGACGCAGUCGCCCAGACCCCCGCUGCCGUAGGGGGCUUUGUGCCUCGGCCAGGAUCUCUGGGAGCUCUCCACGGUUCUGAAACGCCCGAUUCCGAAGCACCCACCUUCAACGUCGGCCUUGGAGGGCUGGAAGGGGUCAGCGGACUGACGGGACACGAUCCCGCGGUCAGUCGACUCAUCUGCACCCCGGUCCCCGCCGGAAGGUGUAACACCAGGAACUUUCAGCAACAAGCGGACGACCCGUCGCUGUAUGCAGGGGAAGACUGGGGGUACCUUCGGACCACCGAAGAGGAGCUCCGGAAUACCGUUCUGCAGCAGAAGGACCAGAUCUUAACCGACCAGAGCACCAUCAAGGAGCUCACAGGAAAGCUGUCCGAGUGCGAGAAGGGGCUUGGAGGCAGGAACAGCAGCCCGGACAGACGCGGGAACGCCGCCGCGCUGGCAGGAGGGAAAGGAGCUGAGGGGGAGGCGCACUUGGAGCGGAUGAUGGUGCGGGACAGCGCGGAUUCAGCGCCCGACAGGGUCCAUCUGCUCACGGUUGGAAAUGUGGAUGAGCUUGAACAGGCUAUCACUCAGCUCAAAGACCGCAUAGACAGACUGGAGACUGACAUCGGCCCAUUUUCUCACAACCGCACAGACAGCAAGUCCUCUGAAGCAUCAGAGGAAGGCGGCCAGGAGAGGUCAGCUUAUCUGGGGCGCAGCACCGGUUCAGACAAGCCCUGGGAGGUGGAGGACUUGGAAGAGGGGCUGGAGAGGAAGGUGGAGCUUCUGGAGAAGGAGAGAAAAGCCCUGAGGCUGGAAGCAGAGAAGCAUAGACAGGAAGUUGACCAUGGCAUCAGCAAACUACAACAAAGAAUUUUAGGCCUGGAGGAAGAGCAUUCUUUCCCAGAGGGGUUCAGGCUGUCCUUCCCAGCUCAGACAAACUACAUGUUCGCUCUCAUGAGACACGCCAUCCCGAAGCUGCGGGCCUUUACUGCCUGCCUGUGGCUGCGGCCGGCCGGGGUGGGAAUUGGGACCCCCCUAUCUUAUGCUGUACCCGAGCAGCCCAACGAGUUGGUGCUCCUUCAAGGCAUGCACACUCCCAUUGAGCUGCUCAUCAACGACAAGGUGGUGAAGCUGCCUCUGAAUCUCUCUCAAGGGAACUGGCAGCACGUUUGUGUGAGUUGGACCCAGAAAGGUGGAGCAUGGCUGGCCUACCAGGGAGGAAAGCUGAGGGGUGAGGGCCACGGACUGGCUCCUGGACAUCACAUCAGACCUGGGGGAGAGCUAGUCCUGGGGCAAGAGCAGGAUUCCCUGGGUGGAGAUUUUGAUUCAACCCAGGCCUUGGUUGGAGAGCUGUCUCAGGUGGGCCUAUGGGAUCGGGUUCUGUCGUCUGCCCAGGUCGCCAGCCUAGCUCGAUGCAACAGAGUAACCCAGGGCAUUGUGGUCCCCUGGGACGAAAACAGGAUUGAUGUUUACGGUGGAACCACCAAAGACCUAGGGGAGCCUUGUAGUAAACACAACAAAAGCUCUCAGUGACUGAUAGAGAAAAGAUCUUAGAAAAUAUUUAGUUUAGCCAGUAUCAACACUGAUUCAGAAUGUUACAAAAACAAGAAAUUAGGGAACAAGGAAAAUAAUACUAGGUUAUAUUGACAUAAAGUGGGUAGAGAGUUUGCAGUACCUUCAUAAUCUUAACCUUUCCGGUGUUUCCGUGUAAGUAAAAAGGUGCAUUGCAUUUGCAUACAGCUGGAACAUUGUUGUAGAAUGGAAAUGUUUAAGUUUGGCAUUGUUUAGUUUAAAGUCAAAAGAGGAUCAUAAUUUCAGAUUAAGCCAACAUGGUUUUAGAAUUUUCAGAUUAUUUUUGUUCU